GCUUUUUAUUGCUGAAAGCUCAACCCGUCGUGCACCACCAGGAAAUGGAGGAGCUGUGGUGAUGUAGUGCAGCUGCAGCCGCCUGAGAGGCAGCAGAACUGGGAGGGGAAACGACCAGCAGGCAGCCACAGGCGUUAGCGACAACUCUCAGCACUUUGAGGUCUCGUGCAUCAGCAGGUGAAGAUGAGCGACGCGAAUUUGCCCAAAGUUGAACUUUUCGUGAAGGCGGGGAGCGAUGGUCAGAGCAUCGGCAACUGUCCCUUCUCCCAGCGUCUCUUCAUGGUGCUGUGGCUGAAAGGAGUCACCUUUGAUGUUACCACAGUGGAUAUGAAGAGGAAGCCAGACAUCUUGAAGGACUUGGCUCCAGGUGCCCAGCCUCCCUUCCUGUUGUACGGCAGCGAGGUGAAAACUGACACCAACAAGAUCGAGGAGUUCCUGGAGGAAAACCUCUGCCCUCCCAAGUAUCCCCGUCUGGCUGCUCGUAACCCAGAGUCCAACACAGCAGGCAUGGAUGUUUUCUCCAAAUUCUCCGCUUACGUCAAGAACUCAAACCCUCAGGCCAACGAAAAUCUAGAGAAAGGCCUGCUGAAGGCUCUGAAGAAGCUGGAUGACUUCCUCGGUUCCCCACUUCCUGACGAGAUUGACGAGAAUAGCGCUGAUGAGGUCACUUCCUCAUCCCGCCCCUUCCUGGACGGCCAAGAGCUUACUCUGGCUGACUGCAACUUGCUGCCUAAGCUCCACAUCGUGAAGGUGGUGUGUUUAAAAUACAGAAACUUCAGCAUCCCUCAGUCUCUGACAAACCUCUGGAGGUACCUGAACGCUGCGUAUGCCAGGGAGGAGUUUGCCUCCACCUGCCCAAUCGAUGACGAGAUCCACAUCGCCUACUCGUCUGUAGCUAAAGCUCUCAAGUAGGAGGACAAGGAUGCACAAGUCAUGAAUACACCAGCAGAACAACAUACAAAAGCACAAAAACAACACACAUUUACAUCACUUGCACAUGCAGAGCAUUCACUCUGUAAGCAACUUGGUCGAUCUGUUUCUCAAGUGGCUUUUUGUGCUGCUUUAAAAGUGGAUAUCACCUUUUGAUAAUAAGACGGUGUAGUCCCUCAUUCGUCCAAGAGUGUUCAACGUAGAAAAGGUUUCAGUCGUAGUCAUCUGGACACUGUUUUCAGAAUCGAGACGUUUCACAAUUGAGAAUGACUUCCGGAUGGGAGCCGAAACGUCUUGAUUCUGAAAAGUGUCCAGAUGACUACGACUGAAACCUUUUCUACGACCUUUUUAUAAUGUUAGAUCCUUCUGAUGCCCCAAUAUAGUAAGUUUACUCCUAUCAAACUUUACUCUUAGGUUUUCUUUAGAGAUGUUUAUUCGUGUAGUUUUCCUCCUAAAAGGGAUUUUAUUUGCCACGUGGAUCUGUUUACAUCAAUAGGGAAACAAGGAAGCACAGAAAUCAGAUAAGCUGAUUUAAAAAUAAACACAUGCACAAAAGAAAAGUCAGCUGUGGCUAAAUCAAUUUAGCUGACAAGCUUGUUGACUUCCACAUAUCAUCCGAGUUUUCCUGGACAUUCAGCUCUCUAGGAAAUUAACUAACUUCUGGUUACUUGUUGGUCAUGUUGCUUGCAGGCACACACACACAGACACACACACACACACACACACACACACACACACACACUGUACAUGUGCACACACUUACAUGAACAUUUUCAAACACUUACAACUACAGUUGUACACAGUUUCACCAUCAUAGAUGCACACUGUAAAGUUGAAAAUGUUCCUUGUUCCCUUCUUAAUGAUAUUUGCUACAGUAUAUUCAAAGCUGCCAACCAGAUCAAACUUUAACUAUUAACUUGCAAGCCUUGAACACGCUGAUUCAACAUUUUCAGUCUUGGUAUUAAGGAAAUGGGGAAAUUUAUUUUUAAAAUGACAAAUGCAUACCAGCACCAGCUCACCAGCCAAAGUGUCUUUUGUGGUUUGUCUGUAAUCACAGAUGUGUCACAUGAACUUUAUUAUUUCGUUACAGAGGGAACAAGGCCUUUAACAUUUAAUUGCUAGAUUGCAAGAUUUAUUAUUGAAGCCAACUUCUAUUUUAAAUGUUUCAUACUCUUCAUAGUGCAUCUCAGAGAGGAAGGUGGGUGCUUUUCCUUACCCGGCCUGCAGACCAGGUCUCGCUUUAGGCAGGCAGAGCUGCAAACAGUUACAGAGACAGGAAACUAUUUCAAUAGACUCGGGCUUCCCCUUUCUGCUCCCACAGCAGGCACGGAGGAUUAUUCAAGAUUACCAAGCUUGUUUGUGAUCCGCUAUCAGGGCCCCUUGCCAACAAUUUAUUUUGUUCUGCCUAUCAUGUAUGAAGGAUCCGUUUUUGUGUCAUAUAAAGGAAAGAGAUCAGGUUGUAAGUGUAAUGAAGUUGCUGUGGAUGAAGAAAUAGGCUGUUGUUAACUGCUAAAGUGCUACACUGAAAGCACUUGUCCUGCCUCCUCCAGUUGCUCAGGGCUCAAGGCCUGUUAUGUCACAUGUUUCUCAUGAGGGAGAAAAAAAAAGCAGGAAGUUAAAUAUAAACAUGUAAAAUGUUUAAAAUGAAAAUAGCAGUCAGAGCUUUAGAUUGUAGGCUGUUAUAAGGAUUAGGCUAACGAUAUUCUAUGUUUUCCUUAUUGUCAACAAAGACCAAAUCCAACAACACGUUACUUUGUCACUUAAUACUUAGAUAAAGUAGUUUCCUAACACUGCUGAGCUCUAGUUUUUAACAAAUGUCAUUCAAACAGGAAUAAAUAGUUGCUCUAGUGGGUAUUUACAGCAGAAGGUGAAGUUAAAUUUUUUUCAACAACUGGUGGAUGGAUUGCCAUGAAAUUUGGUUCAGGCAUCCAUGUCCCCCUCAGGAGAAAUUGUAAUAACAUUGGUGAUCCCUUAACGUUUCAUCUAGUACCGUCAUCAGAUCAGACUUUUAAUUUGUCCAAUACUUUGGUUUAUGCCCAAAAACCUCCAAAACUCAUGACAUUACCAUCAACCUCAGCUGUACGGUGGGUUCAGUGGUAAUUAGUAAAUGUUAGCCUGCUAACAUGCUACACUGAGAUGGUGAACAUGGUAAACAUUAUACCUGCUUAACAUCAGCAUGUUAGCAUUUAGCACAGAUUACAAGUCACUGUGACUAAGUGAGACUCACAGUGCUGCUAGCAUGGCUUUAGGCUCUUGUUAAUAGUUUUUGGACAACAAUGGAGCUCAGUGGCACAGAGGAAUAAGAAUCUGGUUACACAGGUAAUACUUGUUACGAGGGUAAAGAAUUGUUGGUUUUGGUCUUUUCAUGGAAUUUGUUGACAAAUAGAAACAUUUAAUAUCACUAGGCUUAUUAUAAUUUUAAAAACAUUGUAUAUUUAGUGAUUGCAGGCUGUCACUUAACUGUCAUGAGCUGCCAGUAGGAUUAAUCCACUCUUGGAAGUUUGCAAGUCUGAAAUUCUUGUAAAAGUGACUUGAAAUUGAACCUCUGGGAAGAACUGAAACCAGUAAUAACACACCUUGUCUGACUGUAGCAGCUGCUUGUCUAGAGGAUUUUUAUUAACUUCACGGCACUAUGCAAAUUAACAUUUAUAGAGGCUGUGUGUAAUUACAGUAGGUAAUGGUGUAAACAUCUUUGCUCAAAAUAGCCUCAUUAUGUGUCAUGUAUCUCAGAUCAGGGUGGAGCUCUUUUAAAAAGAAAUUGAACCUAAGUGCAAUUUAAACCGGUUUGAAGAGACAAUCUUGUACAGAGACUUUGGUUAUAUUAGACAUCCAGUGUGAGCACAAUUGGUUAUUUUUCUACAUGAUUUUAUUCAUGCAAGUUAAAUCUUUCUUGAUGAACUGCUAGGUGUAAUGCAAAGAGAUGAUACUGUAUAUUUUACUUGACUGAAUUGUUGUGAAUUUCACCUAUUUUCUAAAAUGGACCAACGUUUAAAGGGAUCAUGUCUGAAAAAUGGGGAAGAGUUUUUCACUUCUUACUGUAGGAGUUGAUAUAAUUUCAGGGACCAUUUAACUUGAUACAUUCAUUAAAAUGUUAUUUUGUUAGUUUGUUUUUCACUUCACUGUCUAACAGUUUUUUUAAAAUCUUCAUGUACAUGUAUUUUCUUUGUUAUGAGACAAAUGUUGUGCUUUUUUCUUGGUUUCCUACCCCUAUGCAUACAAAUUUUUUUUUCAUGCGGUCUGCCAUGUAGUCAAAAGCAGUUGUGCUUAAAAGUCCACAGGAUCAAAACAGUGGUGUGGACACUAAAGCAGUAGGUUUAAAUCAACAAUGAAGACUAUCAAACUAAUAGCACAGCUGAAAUGUAUUUUGUACUUUAAAUCUCUUACAAACAUGUAUUAAACAACACACGUAUUAAUAUCCCAAUAAAAAUUAUCUUGAUAAUAAA